GUAACAUUACAAGACAAGAACAAGUUCAGUUCAGUUAAAUAAAAAACUAAAAAAACUAAACUGAAGUUAUAAAAUAAAAUUACAAAGCAAAGUCAAUCAAUUCAGUUAGUUUAGUUUUAGUUAUUAUUACUGGAGAUUGUGAAACUUCACUUCUCUUAUCAACUUCAUCUUUAAAAGAAGAAUAUGUUCGUAAAAUUUUAGAAGUACCUAUAAGUAAGAUUUUUCUCUGCAGAUUUUAUUUUAAUUAUUGAUUCAAUAAUUAGUUUCUCUAUUAUACUAAUAAGACUUGAGCAAACUAUUUAGGAAGUGCGUUUUAGGUAUUGUGCUGCUAUGGGUGAUUUAGGAGGUUGGCCUCUGCUUUGGUGGCUUUUUGGUUCUAUGUGUAUACCAUUUACGAUACCCUGGCUGAUAUUCAAACUUUACCGUCAUCAUAGGUUGAAAGCUCAACUGCGUGGUAAGGUGGUAUUGAUCACUGGAGCUAGUUCUGGUCUAGGUGAGGCCUUGGCCCAUGUGUUCUAUCAAGCUGGAUGUCGUGUCAUUCUAGCUGCACGCAGAGAAGCACAACUGGAACGAGUGAAAAAAGAAUUGCUCUCCUCUCGACUUGAUAAGGACAUUGUCACUCAUCCACCAGUUGUUAUGGUGUUGGAUUUGAUAAAAAUAGACGAGAUUCCUUCUUGUCUAGAGAAGGUCUUGAAGAUUGUUGGCCAUGUUGAUAUUUUAAUCAACAACGCUGGUAUUUCAUACAGAGGAGAAGUUUUGACAACCAAUAUAAAAGUGGAUACCGAAAUGAUGAUGAUAAACUACAUUGCUCAAGUGGCACUAAUAAAAGCUCUCUUGCCUUCAAUGGUACUCAGAAAAUCUGGACAAAUAGUAGCUAUCAGUAGUGUUCAAGGAAGGAUUGCUAUUCCUUACAGGUCAGCUUAUACAGCAUCCAAACAUGCACUGCAAGCCUUCUGUGACACUCUACGAGCUGAGGUAGCACAUCACAAUGUGUCUGUCACUGUAGUCAGUCCUGGCUAUAUCAGCACCAAUUUAUCCCUCAACGCUCUUACUGGCACAGGAGAGAAAUACGGUGUUGUUGAUGAGACUACUGCCAAGGGCUAUGAGCCGCUGGAUGUAGCCAAGCGUAUCCUGGUCGCUACAAUGAAGCGUCAGUCUGAACUGAUCGUUUCCGACUCAACACCCAAGAUAGCCAUGUUCCUGCGCACGCUACUGCCUUCUGUUUACUUCUACCUCAUGAAGAACCGAGCCUUGAGACUUAGACAACAAGCUCUUCUGAGAGCAAAGUAAUUAUUAUGCCAAAUAAAUUUCUCACACAACUGA